CGGAAGGAAGUGUCUCUGUACCGGAAGUGGGGGGCGAAAAUUCAAAGGGGAAGGCUGUCGCUUGGUUCCUUGUGUGGGCAGAGGCGAGGGGCCCUCUUCCUUCUCUGGCUCCGAGGCCAUGGCGAACAGAACCGUGAAGGACGCGCACAGCAUCCACGGCACGAACCCGCAGUACCUAGUGGAGAAGAUCAUCCGCACCCGCAUUUAUGAGUCCAAGUACUGGAAGGAAGAGUGCUUCGGCCUCACGGCUGAACUGGUUGUGGACAAAGCUAUGGAGCUGCGAUAUACUGGUGGAGUCUAUGGUGGAAACAUCAAGCCGACACCAUUCUUGUGUUUGACUUUGAAAAUGCUGCAGAUACAGCCUGAAAAGGAUAUCAUUGUUGAAUUUAUAAAAAAUGAAGACUUCAAGUAUGUGAGAUUGCUGGGAGCACUGUAUAUGAGACUAACUGGCACUGCUAUAGACUGCUACAAAUACCUUGAACCCCUGUACAAUGAUUAUCGAAAAAUAAAAAGCCAGAAUAGAAAUGGAGAGUUUGAGCUAAUGCACGUGGAUGAAUUUAUUGAUCAACUGCUUCAUGAUGAGCGUAUGUGUGAUAUCAUUUUACCUAGACUACAGAAACGAUAUGUUCUAGAAGAAGCUGAACAACUGGAAACACGGAUUAGUGCUUUGGAAGAGGAUAUGGAUGAUGUGGAGUCUAGUGAAGAUGAGGAAGAGGAGGAUGAAAAGCUGGAGAGAGCUCCCUCACCUGAUCACAGGAGAAGAGGUUACAGAGACCUAGACAAGCCCCGCAGAUCUCCAACUAUGCGUUAUAGGAGAAGCCGAAGUAGAUCUCCUAGAAGGCGAAGCCGUUCUCCGAAAAGGAGAAGUCCGUCACCACGCCGGGAAAGGCAUCGCAGCAAGAGUCCAAGACGGCAUCGAAGCAGAUCCAGAGAAAGACGCCACAGAUCAAGAUCUAAAUCACCAGCAGGGCAUCACCGUAGUCACAGGCAUCGCAGCCAUUCCAAGUCCCCAGAAAGAUCUAAGAAGAGUCAUAAAAAGAGUCGUCGAGGAAAUGAAUAACAUUAAGUACUUCAUGAAUCUCAGCCACUUUUUUGUAGAUGAAAGACAGGACCAGUAGAAGCUGCUUUGGUAGAAAGUUGUUUUAGUAUUGCUAGGGUUUAUGUGUGUUUUUAAAAAAAUACAUGGUGUUAUUCAGUAUUUUGUUAAAAUUAAGGGGAAUUUUUAAACUAGCAUUUCCAAGCUCUGGUAAUAUCUAGAGCUUGGAAAUACUAUAAAACCCAGAAUGCCUCAGCUAGGAAGACUGCUGGUCAUAAUGAUUUAGGCAUUCUAUAAAUUACAGACCAAAAUGGUAUAAUUUCUAGGUUUUAAUCAUACCUACUCCUCCCCAAGGGAAACUGUAGUGCUAAAAGAAUAUGAAGUUUAAAAUUAUUUUGAAAGCAAGUGCAUAGCAAGAUAAGAUAGUUUCAAUUUAUUGCCAGAACUAUUAUUGAAGCCUUGUCUAUUUGGACUUUGUAAAAAACCAAUCUGAUUUGUUAUGUAAUUCCUGAUUUUAACAGCGCCAACAAGCUGUCAAGAGGUUAAUUCUGAAGCAAGUUAUUUUUAUGUGUGCCACAAAGAGAAUACUAUUAUUGUGAUUUCUUUAUUAAAAAUGUUUGAUAAACAA